AUGGGAUGUAUAAAAUCAAAAAGCAAAGACCGUCUGAAUGAUGAUGGAGUAGAUUUGAAGACGCAACCAGUACGUAAUACUGACCGAACUAUUUAUGUGAGAGAUCCAACGUCCAAUAAACAGCAAAGGCCAGUUCCAGAAUCUCAGCUUUUGCCAGGACAGAGGUUUCAGACUAAAGAUCCAGAGGAGCAAGGAGACAUCGUGGUAGCCUUGUACCCCUAUGAUGGCAUCCACCCAGACGACUUGUCUUUCAGGAAAGGAGAGAAGAUGAAAGUCUUGGAGGAGCACGGGGAGUGGUGGAAAGCUAAGUCCCUCUCCACAAAGAGAGAAGGCUUCAUCCCCAGCAACUACGUGGCCAAAGUCAACACCUUGGAGACGGAAGAGUGGUUUUUCAAGGAUAUAACCAGGAAAGAUGCCGAAAGACAGCUUUUGGCACCAGGGAACAGCCCCGGGGCCUUUCUCAUCAGAGAAAGUGAAACAUUAAAGGGAAGUUACUCUUUGUCUGUCAGAGAUUUUGACCCUCUGCACGGUGAUGUCAUUAAGCACUACAAAAUUAGGAGUCUGGACAAUGGGGGCUAUUACAUCUCUCCAAGAAUCACUUUUCCCUGUAUCAGUGACAUGAUUAAGCAUUACCAAAAGCAGUCAGAUGGCUUGUGCAGAAGACUGGAGAAGGCUUGUAUCAGCCCCAAACCGCAAAAGCCCUGGGACAAAGACGCCUGGGAGAUCCCGCGCGAGUCCAUCAAGCUGGUGAAGAAGCUCGGAGCCGGGCAGUUCGGGGAAGUCUGGAUGGGUUACUACCACAACAGCACCAAAGUGGCUGUGAAGACGCUGAAGCCAGGCACGAUGUCUGUGCAAGCUUUCCUGGAAGAAGCCAACCUCAUGAAGACCCUCCAGCACGACAAGCUGGUGAGGCUCUACGCCGUGGUCACCAAGGAGGAGCCCAUCUACAUCAUCACGGAGUACAUGGCCAAGGGCAGUCUGCUGGAUUUCCUGAAGAGCGAUGAAGGGGGCAAAGUGCAGCUUCCAAAGCUAAUCGACUUCUCUGCUCAGAUCGCAGAGGGAAUGGCGUACAUUGAGAGGAAGAACUACAUUCACAGAGACCUGCGAGCAGCUAACGUCCUGGUCUCUGAGUCGCUCAUGUGCAAAAUUGCCGACUUUGGCCUUGCUCGAAUAAUUGAAGAUAAUGAGUACACAGCAAGGGAAGGUGCUAAAUUCCCCAUCAAGUGGACCGCCCCUGAAGCCAUCAACUUCGGAUGUUUCACUAUCAAGUCUGAUGUGUGGUCCUUCGGCAUCCUCCUGUAUGAGAUCGUCACCUAUGGGAAAAUUCCUUAUCCAGGGAGAACGAACGCGGACGUGAUGACCGCGCUGUCGCAGGGCUACAGGAUGCCCCGCAUGGAGAACUGCCCGGACGAGCUCUAUGAGAUCAUGAAGAUGUGCUGGAAGGAAAAGGCUGAAGAGAGGCCCACGUUUGAUUACUUGCAGAGCGUGCUGGACGACUUCUACACAGCCACGGAAGGCCAGUAUCAGCAGCAGCCUUAG